AUGGUCCUGACGAAUCCCCUCGUCCGAUUUGCCUACAUCUUCCUCGUCGCCCCUUGGCAGUUCUCGCUCCCGGUCCUGCGCCAGCUGGUCCUGGGCUUGGUGCCGCAGGGUCGCCCAUCUACCAGAUGGACGCUGCGACAGACCAUGGCCGUGACAGCCAUCAAGUCUAUGCUGCGGGUGAGCUCUGUGCUGCAGCGGCGCAAGGUGCUCUCACUGCAGCCUGGAACCGAGGGCUCGCGCUUUACGGUGGUGCCUCCGGCAGACGACACGCUCUACGUCGGCCCCCUGGCCGAUGAGGAGGUGCGCCCCUGCGCCGUGGGUGGGACCUGGACGCCGUCGGAGCCGCCGCGAGUCGAUGCAGGCGGCAGCGGGGACGACGAGAAGCUCCGCGUGGUCCUGCACUUCCACGGGGGUGCCUUCGUCAUAGGCGACGGACGCGACCACGACACGGGCUUCACGGCCGAUAUACUCCGCACCAACGGCGGCUUCACCCACGUCUUUACGCCGCAGUACCGUCUCGCCGUCGACGCCGAGACGCGCUUCCCCGCGCAGCUCCAGGAUGCCGUAUCGGCCUACCUCCACCUCACGCGAAAGCUGGGCAUCCCGGCUUCCAACAUCGUCAUCGGCGGCGACUCGGCCGGCGGCAACCUGGCCCUCGCGCUGAUUCGAUACAUCCACGACCACGGCGAGGACCUCUCCAUCCCCUGGCCGUCCGCCGCCCUCCUCUGGUCCCCCUGGACCGACCUGACGUCGACCCACGACCCCGUCCACGUCCGCAACGUCGCAAACUUCUCCACCGACUACCUCGCCGAGGGCUUCGCCGUCUGGGGUACCGAGUGCAUCACUGGCGCCGGCAAGAUACCGGCUGACAGCCCCUACCUGUCGCCCGGUGUCAGCGAGCCCUUCCGUGUGCCCCUGCCCAUCUGGGUCCACACCGGAGGGUCCGAGGUUCUGUUUGGCGAUAACAAGCUCCUCGUCCAGUCGUUUAGGUCCGUGGGCAACAAUGUGGAUUGGUACGUUGAUGACUUGUGUCCUCACGAUAUCGCUCUCCUCGGCAAGGUUCUAGGUUGGGAGAAGGAGGCUCGUGAUGCUGCCGCUGCUGCCAACAAGUUUCUUACUCUGUAG